UGUUCAUGCAUGCCCGUAGCCCGUCAAUUACUGGCCCGUGGCUUGUUCCCGUGCGCCCCUCAAUCACCAUCGCUCGCAUUCGACUUGAACAUGCUUGAACUCAUCGCGACACUAUUCGUUAAUGUCGCGCCGAACAUUACGGCAUGGGCGACUACGCUGGAGUCAUUCUUAGGUGUCCGCCAAUAUCGCCUUGAAACUCGGGACUCGUUGCGGAGGCGCUUUGGGAAUGCACUCACUUGGUAUAUCCACCUU